AUGAACAUGAACUUCAAUCAAACUGCUUCCAGUGAUCGAGACCAGAUUUCUGCAUUUUACGACCAAACGCAUGUAGAAGCUUACAGCCAUGAUCCAGAAUUCACACAGAUAUUCUCGACUGAUGUACUUCCAAACUCUGAAGAUGUGGAAUUAGCUAAUUAUCUAUUAUACCUUGACAACGACUACAACUCGUUCAUUCAGAUCGCAAACGCAAUUCUGAUAAACGACUCCAAGUUUCAGAUAGAAGACUCCAACUCGCAAUUAGCUGACUCGACACCCCAGACAGAAGCAUUGUCAAUGAUGAGCUCUACAGAAAUCGAACAACUUGUGAACUACAAAGUUAGCAAUAACAAUACCAAUAAUAAUUUCGAUACUAAUGGUACUUAUGGAACUAACUUCCAGGAUCAAAAUCAAAGCGAAAAUGGAUUUCCUCACUUAGUCAGUCACCAAACUCAAGAUACUCCAAGGAUUACCGUCACGGAUGAGACAGGAAGAGAGAUUUCCCAAUGGCAACAACCUACUUACGAAUCAAGUACCUCUUUGCAGGACUUCUACUCGUAUGAUGUGGCAUUGCAAGACCCUAUCCCAUCUUCAAGUAGUAGUCUUAUUCUUGGGAACUUGGAUGAAACUGCAAGGCAAAAUCAUGCUGCAAACUACCCGUUUUCUGAGAGUGAUCAGCCCGAAUUUCAUAUUCCAAAAAUAGAAGAACUGAUUCCAGAUCCAGACGACUUUGCUCAAUAUUCUCUCCUCAUAUACCCACAAGCCACAACAGUAGCAAAAAACAUACCAAUCUUCAAUGUCCCCACUAGCAGUCAAGGAUCUUCAAGAGCAGUUGCUCCUACGGUUCAUUUCCAGCUCGAAACAAAAGAUCAUACUGAUGCAAACUUACAACCCCGUACGAAUAACUCGCUGAGCAGCUCCUUCAGCCUUUCUACUUCCCCUGCAAUGGUAUUUGACGAAAGCAACCCUCUAAGGAGUUCCAGAAGUUCAAGAAGCUCCAGAAGUACACUAAAUUCGAUGAAUUCUUUGGAUAGCAAAGGUCCCAGUUUUACUGAGGUAGCUAGCCAAGGCGAAGUUGCCAGCUACUUCGAAGUAGUCAGACAUAGUGACCAAGUCAGAGAAUCUGAGGUAGACAGAGAAACUAUGGAAGUCGGAAAUUCCAGAUUCAGGGUUCUGCCCUUGGCUAAGAUCAGCAUUUCCAUUUCGCCCGAGAGUGUUUCAUGUCUCAACUGUAAUAUUGACUACGGAAACUACACUGGAAAAAUCACCAACAAAAUCGAAGGUCACUUAGCAUUGGCGAACGUGUAUGUUGCCCCUGGUGCUCAUGAAAGUCAGAUAACCGACGCAACACUUAUUAAGCUAUACACAGAGACAAAAGAAUUGUCAGCCUCAUCAUGUAUCCAUCAGAGAACUAAGUACGACAGGGAAAUCGAUGAGUUACACAAUUCCAUUAGCAAUAUUGUCUACAAAACUAGUAGCAAAUAUUCGUUAGAUAUGCCCUACGAGCCACAGUACCUAAGGUUUGAAGUUGGUCCCGAUAGUAGGUUGGUUAUGGCGAGCAAGAGUGGUUUGUGUCCCUAUUGCGAAGAAGUGAGAUUCCUUCCGUUCAAGAACUCGAGUUACUUGUCUCAUUUGACAUUGGAACACGGAGUGUUCUCCAACGGUUAUCUCACGCCUGAUGGGCUCUAUUUUGGAUCUUACAAGUUGAAGAAGAAUAGCAGUAGGAAUAACCAGGAGCACACUCCAUCUGGCAGAGAACGACAAGUAGAAGCCUUGAUGUGCCCCUUGUGUUUCGAUAUGGUGGAAUUUGGAUGUUGGGAAGGAAAGAAAAACAAGCUCUUGUCUUACUUCAGACACUUUAAAAAUAUCCAUGGUCAACAUACGAUCAAGGCGAGAAGCUCACAGAUUCCACCCAUUCAAGACCGGGGCCGUACGCUCCAUAUUCUACCAGAUCCUUAG